UUGGGGCGAUUGCCAUAUAUAAAAAGCAACUCAGACGCUUAACGCCACAGUGAAUUAUCUGGCAAAUGGCGCAGAAUACGCAUUCUAUUAGGUUUUUCUUGGCCAUCAGCUUGAUUGGAAUACUUGUUUCGCAUUCCAAUCAAGAGACUCUGCCAUGCGCGCUAAAAGAGUACAGUACAGGACUCGUAUGUGUGUGCAAUUCCAAGUAUUGUGACUAUUUGGAUGAUCCGACGCCAAGUGAAGAAUAUGUUUUUGCUAUUGUCUCUUCGUCCAAGUCGGGGCUGCGUUUCGCGACGACACAUGGCCAGUUUAAUCUCUACAAAAAAUAUUAUAUUUUCGAUUACGAUCAACUCAUGGCCAGAGCUAUAGAAGCUCCGGCUGCUGAGAGUAUUGAGAUAGAAGUUGACCGGGAGCAACGCUGGCAGAAGACUGAAGGUUUUAUUGGUUCUAUUUCCGACUCAAUCGAAAAUGUUUUAAAAAUAUUCCCAAAAACGUUGCGAAAGCACGUCUAYCAAUCCUUCUUUACACAACAUGGCAUUAACGUCGAUUUUAUUCGCGAUUUGGGAUUUGGUGUAAGCGAAAAGUAUUUAGAGGAUUCCGCUCCCAUUUUUGGAUCGUGGGAACGUGGUGAGCAGUUCGCACAAAACUUACUAAAAUACCUCAACACCGAUUCCAAUGAAACGGAACCGAUAAACUGUAACAUUUUGUUGGACUAUGAGGGUGGCGAUGCGCCAAUGAUUGCCAACACCACAAAUCACUUCGAGGUUUACAAACAACCGCUGUUCUAUACGAUGGGGCAUUUCACGAAAUUCAUAGCUGGAGGUUCGGUACGCAUUGCUGCUGAAAAUAAAAAUGAUAAGGUGGAUGUGGUGGCCUUUUUGAGAGCGGAUAAUAGCGUGGCCGUCAUCAUCUUAAACCGUAAUCCCGUUAGUGUUGAUGUUGGCAUACAAGAUACCUAUCGCGGAGCUGUUUUAUUCAAAAUCCCUCCACACUCGAUUCACACUGUCCUAUAUAUUUAAAUAUGUGUAUGAUAUACAAUAAACAUAUAUAUGUAUGCUUUGCUUAAUCUGAA